CCUCCUCGCUCUGAACCGCGCUGGGCCGGGCCAGGAGGGAGCGCAGCGCAGGAGCGGAGCAGCGCGCCGAGCCUGCCAUGGGCAAAUCAGCCUCCAAGCAGUUUAACGACGAGGUCCUGAAGGCCCACAAUGAGUACCGGAGGCAGCAUGGUGUCCCCCCACUGAAGCUCUGCAAGAAGCUCAACCGGGAAGCUCAGCAGUAUUCAGAGGCCCUGGCCAGCACGAGGAUCCUCAAGCACAGCCCAGAGUCCAGUCGUGGCCAGUGUGGAGAGAACCUGGCAUGGGCAUCCUACGAUCAGACAGGAAAGGAGGUGGCUGAUAGAUGGUACAGUGAGAUCAAGAACUACAACUUUCAGCAGCCUGGCUUCACCUCUGGGACCGGACACUUCACAGCCAUGGUAUGGAAGAAUACAAAGAAGAUGGGAGUGGGGAAGGCGUCUGCAAGUGACGGGUCCUCUUUUGUCGUGGCCAGAUACUUCCCAGCAGGGAAUGUCGUCAACCAGGGCUUCUUUGAGGAAAAUGUCCUCCCUCCAAAGAAGUAAUAUUUGUCCAGUGGAAUGGGAAGGUGGCAGACUUAAGAACUUGGAUAUGAAGUGCCUAGAACAACAAAAUUCAGCUGUGUGUCUGUUCCUGUGGGUGUGUGUGCUUGUGAGUGUGAUGCUGAGUCUCUUGCACACACACUCGGUUAGACAGCUGUGCGUGAAAUCAUUCUCAUCAAGGAAAUGAGCAUACAAACCCUCUAUCUCAAUGAUUCCCUAGGCUACAGUUAUUUGGACUUUGACAGGAAAAAUUCAAUUUUUGAAGUUUUUAAAAAUUUUUUAAAGCAAACUUUUUUUGUACCUUCUUACUUAUAUCCACCCCCGAUCCCUGGACUUUCUGUAUUCCAACUGUUUGUGAUGCUGAGAAAGUGAAGUUCAUCUUAUGGGACCUUCAUGCAUUGUAAUCUACUUUGGGUAGAUAUUUAAGAAUAUUAAACCCUCAUUUAAAUGUGACAAAAAUACAGCUUUAAACGUGUAAAUACAAAGCAGUUUCCAUAAGAAAUACAGGGUAGGCAGAGACUCCAUUUCACGGAAUUACUGAGAUUUCUCAGUUGUAAGACAUGAUGUCAUCUGCACACCUCCUGGAAUUCUCUAGUGGGAUUGCCAAAAAACAAAUGG